AUGAACCCCCUGCGGUAUCUGGCCCCUCCCCGCCCCUUUGGGGAAAUAUCAAACUCCACCCACGAGGAGAUCGAGCAGAGAAAGUUCUUUGCGAGUUCUAUUUUAAAUAAUUCUGGCCUGAGCAUGCCAGAUGAAGACAAAGAUGCCAUCUCCGCAUACGAACUUGCAUGCGAGAGUCUUGAAGUCGGGGAGAUCCAGACGCGCGAAAGUGACAUGAAAGCUGUUAGAGAGUACGAGCAAUCACUGCAAAACAACGGACCAGCGAAUCUUUGUUUCGAUCUGGCUACCAGAACCAAGAUGGGCGAAGAACUCGAUAAUCUCCAUGAUAUGUGGAGCUUUGUUCGUUAUGAAAAGUACCUCCCCGCCACGGUCAAGGAAGAUGCGGAAAAACAUCCCUCGUCCAAAGUCUCGGACCCCUGGCACAAGGCCUUUUGGAAGCCGUUCAAUGGACGCCUCGAAGCCGAGGCAGAUGCGUGGGCUAAAGUCCUGUCGGGCAAGAACCACCACAACGAAUGCCCGACAUACCUCCUGCUGGCUCUGUUGUGUGAACAGCAAACCAUGAACUGGGACGAGACCGUCGCGCUGAUCAGAUACUGCGCCAUGGAGGGUGUCGAACUCCCGAAAGCGGAUUUUGUUGAUUACCUGAAGGCCAAGGAUGUGACUGGUCUCGCGAAGAGGUUGGAACGCGAUGAAGACAGCAUCGCCUUAUCCACGGAGUAUGUCAUGGGCGUUGGGACCAUGCUCCUCGCCUACUUCAGGAUGCAUCUCCCCGAAACGCUGUAUGAGAAUGAAGAUCCUGACUCGGAAAGAUGGGUCCCCAAGAAACGAUUGCAGGAUUUGAUGGCGCUUCAGGAGGGACACGAGCAAGCGAUGCAGGAGUUAAUCAGGGAGAUUUUCUAUGAGAUGGUCCUCGGUGGAUCUGACGAUGACGAGGAGGCUUGGACCGAUGAGGAUGAUAUCAUGGAUGAGGAUGAUGAUGGUGGUGAUGUUGACCUCCAUGCCUUGAUGUCCUCCUUGGGUGGUCGCUAUGGUGUUGGUGGUUAUAAUCACAACGUCCACAUGGGCAACGGGGAGGUUGCGGAAUAUCAAUGGGGUCUGUCGGACUCGGACUGA